GUAGCUAGAUUUCAACCAAAUUGCAACAUGGCGACACCCAUGCACAGAAUUAUUGCCCGUCGGCAAGCGGAGGCAAAUAAACAACAUGUUCGGUGUCAGAAGUGUUUGGAGUUUGGACACUGGACAUAUGAGUGUACUGGCAAACGAAAAUACCUUCACAGGCCAUCAAGGACAACAGAAAUGAAAAAUAAACUGAAAGAAAAUAAAAAUAAACAGGUCAAUGCCACAGGACCAGGAAAGGAAAGCUCCAAUGAGAAAAAAACUAAGAAGAAAAGGUCAAAGGAUGCAAGUGGUGAUGGUGGUAGUAGUAGUAGUAGCAGCAGCAGUGACUCUGACAGCUCUUCCAGUGACUCAUCGUCUGACAGUAGUGACUCCUCAAGCUCUUCGUCGGACGACAGUGACAGCAGUAGUGACAGUUCUGACAGCUCUAGCUCCUCUUCCUCUAGCAGUUCAAGCAGCUCGGCCUCUGAUUCAUCAGAAGGAAGUGAUUCAGAUCAAGGUCCUCCCAAGAAGAAAAAGAAGAAAUGAAAAAGAUUUAUGUAUUGUGUUCCACCAUGACAUUAACCUGAGCUCCACUCUGACCCUCUAGCUGUUCAGGAGUUGUCUUACAAAGCAUACGGUGUAAAUUGUAAUGAACAAGCAGCAGGUUUGCGUAGGUUAUUUUCUAAAUGUAGUCCGUUAGUUACUAGUUAAUUACCUGUCCAAUUGUAAUCCGUAAUGUGAUCUGAUUAGUUUUGGUUACUUUUGGAUUACUUUCUUAAGAGGCAUUUAAAAGGGGGAUCCAUCAAAUGCAUUUCGUGUGUCAUGGUAGUGUUCACAAGUCAGGGACCAGACUCGCUCAAGUGGAACAAACUUAAACUUGCACAUUUUUUUCAAUGCUAAAUUGAAUGUCAUUAGUUAGGUUUCCAUCCAAUUGGCAACAGAUUUUAAUGCCAAUAUUAAAAAAGCUGCAUGAAUAACAUUUCUGCAUUCUCUCAGCAGAGAUCUUUCCAUCAAAUUGACUUUUUGUGGAUAAAAGCCUGUGUGUGAUGACGUAGUGCACAUAAAUUACUCUUGCAGUUAAAUUUUCAUGUACCGAAUAGAAAAUACAAGUUAGAUUGAUUUCCGUUGAAUUUUCAACUCGUCUGAUAGUUUUGUCAGAAACAAUAUUGAGUUAUAUAGCGAAUGUGCGCUCUAGACAAGAGCUCGCAGAUAGAGUUCAGGUGUAGCCUAUAUGAUGAGACUAUUAUGGACAAAAGAGCGAGUUUAUUUUAAUUUGUCAAACGGCAAUCAAACAUCGGUCGUCAUGUCACCAGAAUAACACCCUUAAUAUUUAUUGAAAGGAGCAACAAGCUCAUCACCUUGUACUUUCACCACCCUGUGAAGUUCAUCACACAUUUAAAAAAAGUAACCCCCCCCCCCCUUGUCUAGCGUAUUUAGCUUUGUUGACAUUUUGGAAGUUUAUUGACAAAUUUGCUGUUUACAUGAGCCUGUCGUGACUUUUUUUUUGGUACUUUACUGGAAACCUGCUUUGUGAGAAUAGAAAGGUGUCAACGUCCUUUCAGAAUUUAAAAGUAAUCCAAGAAGAUAUCUAGUUUUUCAAAAGGAUCUGUAAUCUAGUUACAAUAUGUUUGCUGGUAAUGUAACUGAUUGGUUAAAUUGUUUUUAAAUUAAGAUUGCAUUUAACUGACUACAUGUAAUCUGUUACUCCCCAACCCUGACAAACAGUGAGGAAUUUUGUAUUUACCAGAAUGUCUUCUCUCUCCUGCAUUUCUCCCUUGUACAGUCAGUGAAGACGUGUGGUCAUAUCUCAACUUAGUUUCAAAUCAGUUUGAUAAUUGGUCUAGAUUUAAAAAUGUGCAUUUUACAUAACCUGCUGUACUUCCUUCUAUUGCUUUUGAGUGACACUUCAAAUGUGCAGUUAUGUAGCUGCUGAAAGAUAUGUAAUGCGUAAUUUGGAGGGCCUGCAGCAUUAGAUGCAUUGGCCCUUUUCACACUAUCAUGCUAACCAGAACUGUACUGUACUGGCUCAGACAUUUUCUUUUCAUGUUGUUUUUCUCCCAGUACAAUUCCCGAAACAACCAGCCCAGUACAACUUGGAUCUGGUUGUAGUGUGAACUGUGUUAUUGAUUAUUUUUAUUAUUAAAACAUGUUUUACCCCCAGAUGAUUAUAAACAGAAAAAUGUUAUUGACUGAUAAACUGCCAUUUUAGGAAUUUAGCAUGGACUCUGUUUGGCACAGCCAAACGGUGAUCAUGCCAAUGAAUCCCCCUGCCCUCCUGUUAGUUGUGCUUUUGAUUUGUUUGUUACCUAGUGCCACAUCCUUUAUUCAUGUUUGAAUAAAUUGGCAGUUGCAAGUGUC